AUGCUAUCACAUAAUACCAUGGUGAAGCAGAGGAAACAGCAAGCAUCAGCCAUCAUGAAGGAAAUCCAUGGAAAUGAUGUAGAUGUCAUGCACCUGGGCAAAAAAGUCAGCAUCCCCAGAGACAUCAUGUUGGAAGAAUUAUCCCAUCUCAGUAACCGUGGUGCCAGACUAUUUAAGAUGCGACAAAGAAGAUCUGACAAAUAUACAUUUGAAAAUUUCCAGUAUGAAUCUAAAGCACAAAUAAAUCACAAUAUUGCCAUGCAGAAUGAGAAACUGGACGGAAGCAACUUGGAAAGUGGUUCACAGCAAGCACCAUUUACUCCUCCUAACACUCCGGAUCCACGAAGUCCCCCAAAUCCAGAAAACAUUGCACCAGGAUAUUCUGGACCACUGAAGGAAAUUCCUCCUGAAAGAUUCAACACCACAGCUGUCCCUAAGUAUUACCAGUCGCCCUGGGAACAGGCCAUUAGCAAUGAUCCGGAGCUUUUAGAGGCUUUAUACCCUAAAUUUUUCAAGCCUGAAGGAAAGGCAGAAUUGCCUGACUACAGGAGUUUUAACAGAGUUGCCACCCCAUUUGGAGGUUUUGAAAAAGCAUCAAAAAUGGUUAAAUUCAAGGUUCCAGAUUUUGACCUACUACUUCUAACAGAUCCCAGGUUCAUGGCCUUUGCCAAUCCUCUUUCUGGCAGACGGUCCUUUAAUAGGACUCCGAAGGGAUGGAUAUCUGAGAAUAUUCCUAUAGUUAUAACAACUGAACCUACAGAGGAUACCACCAUACCAGAAUCAGAAGACCUAUAA